AUGGAACGGAGAACUGACGAAAUUCCGGAAAUAUAUUAUUCUCAUCUCGACCGUCGUCCUGCUCGCAUCAAAAUUUGUUGUUUUGUCCCAAAUAGGUGUUUUUGGCUACUAAAAAUCACUACUCGAAUUAAUCAUGUGCUGUGGACCUUGUGGAUCGUGCUGCGGACCCUGCGGCUAUUGCUGCUCCCCCUGUGGACCCUGCUGUCGACCUUGUGGACCAUGUUGCGGUCCGUGUGGACCCUGCUGUGGACCCUGUGGACCCUGUGGACCUUGCUGCGGACCAUUUGGAAGUUGCUGCGGAGGUUGUUGGUGCUAAGUGCGCCCCACUUGCAGCCGAAUCGCUUUGUCACAUCAUUCCUCGACCACACCAUGGUUAAGCUAACACCCAGCAGUUACAAGCCACAACUAAUAUAUUGAGAUAAAACCGUA